AUGCACCGUUCCCCCAUGCGUCACUGUCCUUCCGCCCUGCCCUUGCGCCUCAUCCGCGCGCUGCCCCGCCCCGCGCCCGGCGCUGUUGCGCCCGCCGUCACGGGUCGAGGGCUCACUGCGUUCUCCCGCCGUUCGCCCCGCCAGCCGCGUUACAGCCGCGCGAGCCCCGCGUUCCCCGUAUCCGGUCCCGCGCUCUCCGCUGCAUCGCGUUCCCCGGAGGACGGGGGCGAGACGCGGAGCGGCGUGAGCGCGCGCUCGAGCAGCAUGGGCGCGGGCACGCAGUACUACGUGGCCGUGGACCAGCCGCGCUUCAAACUGGCAACACUCGUGGACCUGCUGCACCUCAUCAGCCGCACCAUCCCCGCUGCCUCCUCCCCCGAUCCUCCUCCUAUUCCUCCUUCCUCCCCCUCCCCCUCCCCCUCGCCCUCCCCAUCCGCCUCCCCAUCCCUCUCCUCCGCGCCCACUGCUGCGCCACGGGUGGCGGCAGUAUCAGUGGUGAUCUGCUGUGGCACGCGCGACUCUCUGGACCACGUGCUCGCUGCUCUCUCGCCUCUCCACCACCGUUUCCUCCUCGCCUCCCUCGUACGCCCUCUCACACGCCACUGCUCCUGCCCUCCUCUCGUCCUCCACCCUUUCUCCGUCCCUCACCCGCUUUCCCCACCUCUUCCUCCACUGGUUGUUCCCCUUGCCUUCCCCAUCGUCCUCCCACCCACCCCCCCUCUCCCCUCCUCCUUCUUACGUCCCCGCCAUCCCAAUCACCCCAAACUGCAGCUCUCGUUUGACCAAUCGGACGCCCAGCGCCGGGCAGUGCUGGCAGCCUUCCAUGCCGCCGUCGCUCUCUCCAGAGGCCGCCCCGCCCCACCCCUCGCUCUGCCCCUCGCCCCGCCCUUUUCCCCCCACCCUGCCCCCUCGCUGCCGUCCGCUGCCCCUCCCUCGCAUGGGCCCCACGCCACACAUGGACCCCCUGCCUUCCUGUCCCCCCCCACCCAUGCGCCUUUGCUGCACAGCCGCGUGGGUGAGGGGGAAGGGCAGGCAGCAGAGGUUGCAGAGCGGGGGGAUGAGGGAGGGGAGAGCGGGGGGGAGGAAGGGAGGGGGGGCCAGGGAGCGGUGGUGCCGGUGGUGGUGGUGACAGAUGCGUGCUUGCCGUGUGGCCAUGGGGGGGGAGAGGCGCCUCUGGGCGCACGGCUGCUCAUUAACUAUGACUUCCCCCCACGCAAGGACGUGUACCUGAGGCGAGUGGCCAUGUGCAUGGGGCAAGCAGCAGCAUCAGCCAUGCAACGCCCUGAACCCUCUGCCAGCACCACGGCCACUGCAAGCAGCAGCAGCAGCAGUGCAGCGGGCAUGUCGCUGCUGUUUGUGACGGGUGGGGAGGUGCCUGUGGUGCGCACGCUAGAGGACGCCCUGGGCACCUUGCUGCACGAAAUGCCCAUUGAUGUGUGUGAAGCUCUUAAGCAGUGA